UCUAAAUUAGAAGUAACGAUGCAGAGAGAACUGUCUAGUGUAGCGAUACAGAGCUCUCGUCCUUUGGGCGACUUCAUGGCUAAUCUUCCAACAUCUCUCUCUAUCAAUUCCCCGCCUUACGGCGGACCGGCACCUUCUCCGCUGACCACGCCUGCCGCUGCAGCCGCUGCCCUGGCUGCCGUCGCUGUGCAAUCCAAGGAUCGAAAGAUGGCCUCAGCGGAGCAGCUCGUGCUUGAUCUUUGCGACCCAGAGCUCAGGGAGAACGCCCUUCUCGAUCUUUCCAAGAAAAGGGAGAUAUUUCAGGAUUUAGCUCCUUUAUUAUGGAACUCUUUUGGUACUAUUGCAGCACUCCUGCAGGAAAUAGUAUCCAUAUAUCCUUCGCUUUCACCACCAACAUUGUCCCCUGGCGCAUCCAAUAGGGUCUGCAACGCACUUGCUCUUCUUCAGUGUGUGGCUUCACAUUCAGAAACAAGAGUUCUUUUUCUAAAUGCACAUAUUCCCUUGUAUUUAUACCCGUUCUUAAAUACAACCAGUAAAACCAGGCCAUUUGAGUAUCUAAGGCUUACAAGCUUGGGAGUAAUCGGGGCCCUUGUAAAGGUUGAUGAUCCUGAUGUUAUCAGUUUUCUUUUGCAAACCGAGAUAAUUCCCUUGUGCUUGCGUACUAUGGAGAUGGGCAGUGAGCUCUCAAAAACAGUGGCCACCUUUAUUGUCCAAAAAAUUCUUCUGGAUGAUGUUGGCCUGAGAUAUAUCUGCACCACAGCUGAGAGAUUUUUUGCUGUUGGAACUGUUUUAGCGAACAUGGUUGUAUCACUUGUUGAACAGCCAUCUACUAGGUUGCUGAAGCAUAUAAUUCGUUGUUACCUAAGGCUUUCUGACAAUCAAAGGGCAUGUGAGGCUUUGCAGAAUUGCCUCCCAGAAAUGCUCAAGGAUGGAACUUUCAACAAUUGUCUUCGAGAUGACCCAGCAACCAGAAGAUGGCUCCAGCAGCUGCUGCAUAAUAUUUCAGGAGGAAGCUUGGUUUCUGCCCUUCAGCCUGGAGGUCUUGAGCACAUGCUGGGAAACUAAACCAUCCUCCUCUCAUUUUUUGCCAUCUCAAAGUGAGAUACAGGAUUGUCUGUUGUAUUCCAUUUUAAAAUAUGUUCUUAGGAUUUUGCUCACUCAAAUAGGAGUUGCUGCUUGCCGACAAUGUAGAAUAUACGCAUGGGUUAUGUUGGGAUUGAAGUCCCUUUUUGUUUAAUGUAAGAUAUUUGCAUCACAGAAUAUUUAUGCUAGAGUAAUGUUAUUCAAUUUGUUAAUGUCA